AUGACGGCACGCCAAUCAUCACCUACAUCAGACCACUCCCAUUCGGACGGCAAUGUCCGCAAGAGGGUAUGCAAGGCAUGCGAUCGGUGUAGACUGAAGAAAUCCAAGUGUGACGGAUCCAACCCAUGUGGCCGGUGUAGGACGGACAACGCCAUCUGUGUCUUUGGCGAGAGGAAGAAGGCUCACGACAAAGUGUACCCCAAGGGAUACGUUGAGAUGCUCGAGCAACAACAAACAUGGCUCGUCUACGGGCUGCAGGAGCUGUAUCGUCGCGCCAUGGAAGGGGAAGGCUGGCCAGGCGAGCCGUUGAAAUGCGAAGCCAGCGGCCACCCGCUCACGCACGACCUCCUCACCCGGUUAGGAGCGCUGGACCAAGCCAAGGGCGAGCACUUCGAAGAGAACCCCGAGGCGAUGCAGCAGGAACUGUGGAGGCAGAACGCCGGCCAUAUGCAGCGCCAGGAAUCGUCCGACGGCAGCUCCGAAAGCGCCCAGUCGCCCAUCAUCGCCUCUCGCUUCCCCGACCCGUUUGCGCGCCAGAUCCCGAACACGCCGUCUAACUUCAGCACGCCGUCUCGCGCGCCAGGGCCCGCCAUCAAAUCCGAGCCCCAGAUGGCCCCGACAAACCCCGCCUUCGUGGCGCCCAUGUCCAUGCACGGCGUGGUGAACCCGCUUGCCCUGCAGGCCCCGCAACAAUGGCCCGGCAACAACUUCGGCUCGUUCGAGGACAUGGACCUAAUAGGCGCCUCCGAAUAUACGAAUCUGUCCUUCGAUGACCAGGUCCCGUCGCCCAUGUUCAACCGCCAGAUCCCCAUGAGCUGCAUGCUGUCCUCGUCGGCGUACAUGGACACGAAGGGGGAUUACGAGGAUAUCAACCAGUUCCUCAACGCGAACCCGCCGGAAAUUGCAUCGACUUCUUUUCUCGGCAUUAAUAUGGGAUUGAUGCCCCUCCCCCUCCUCGGACAGCUUCCCCCCAAGGUCUGGGACGGCCGAGCGACGGCCGAGGCAGGGCCGGCGAAGCGGAGGUCGGAGGCCGACCGCCGCGGCCAGGAACGAGCGAGGAGGACGUCAUGGCGUGACUAA